AACUGGACGCUCCCCUGUGGAACAGUGGAGAGAGAAGCCCAAACGAGCUCAGCCUCAAUUACGAGCAGUCUUCAGUCAGAGGUUGUGGAAGUUAAGACGGAGGCCUUCUUAGGGCGUUUUCCUUAGAAACAGGGUUCAAAGGAAGAUGUGUUAAUUUCUCACGGCAUCUUCCUCGCUGUUCCCCGCCCCCCCGCCGGCUGCUGGGACUUUGUGGAGAGAACCCAGCUCGAAGGGCAUGGAGAUGGCCCCUCCCUAGCCUGAGUAGUUUACCUCGUCUCUGCACCCCUAGGCGGCGCUGCGCUCCUCUGCACCGACCAGCUCCGCUUUCCCAGACGGCUGCCAAGCCUCCAGUCCCGAGAGUUUAGCUUCCAGCCCGUCAGCCCGGGGCAAUUCCAGUGUAUUCAAGAGGCAGAACGUCGGCGGUCUGUGCACCUCGAGUCCGCUUCGGCGGGCGGCCGGCUCUUGCUCUUUACCACAGUUCGUGCUCUCCGGGAGUCCGGAGCAUGGUUCUGGGUCACUGCUGGUGGAGCGGGGACGCCAAGAGGGAGGAGGAUGGUGGGCUGGAGGGUGGCGGUUCUAUGUCUGUGGGUCUCCUGCUGCUCUGCCGCCAGACAGCUGGAAUACUCAGUGUUGGAGGAGACCGUGCGGAGCGUAGCUGUAGGUAAUGUUUCCGCGGACUUGGGGCUGUCAGCGGCCGCUCUACGCUUGCGGAACUUUCGCUUACUUUCCAGCCUCCGCGAGCCCUACUUCGGGGUGGAUCUGGCCAGCGGUAGCUUGGUGGUCCGAGAGCCGGCAGACCGCGAACGGCUGUGCGGGACUAAAGCUGCCUGCGUCUUGACCUAUGAGCUGGUGCUGGAGGACCCGCUGGAGCUACACAAGAUGCGAGUUCACGUCGUGGACAUCAACGACAACUCUCCUGUCUUCCCUGCCGGCGACGUGCAGCUGCACAUACCCGAGUUCCUGUUGCCUGGAGCCCGCUUUACUCUUCCUAAGGCCCUAGAUGCGGACGAGGGAAGCAACGGUGUCCUGACCUACACCCUGAGCCCCAGCCAGCACUUUCGCUUGAUCAUGGGGUCGCGAGUCGACGGCAGUGAAUACCCGGAGUUGGUAUUAGAGAAAGCGCUGGAUCGGGAGCAGCGUGCCACCCACCAGCUACUGCUCACCGCUAAGGAUGGAGGGCAGCCCGCGCGCUCCGGAGAAGCACAAGUUACCAUCAUAGUGGUGGACACAAACGACAAUGCGCCUGUAUUUGAGCGCACAGUAUACCGUGCCAAGGUACCAGAGACUGCCCCGAACGGGACUUUGUUAUUACGAGUUCAGGCCUCGGACCCGGAUGAAGGCUCCAAUGGGGAAAUCCGGUACUCCUUAAGCAAUAGCACGCUGGUGGAGCUGCGACACUACUUUCACGUGCACCCUAGAAAUGGGGAAGUGCGGGUAGCUGCUUCACUCGGUCUACCUGAAACGUUGUUGGAAGCAUACAUUGAGGCGAGGGAUGAGGGUACCUUCGGUCUAGCUAGUACUGUCAAACUGCUGGUGGAAGUGACUGAUGUGAAUGAUCAUGCCCCUGAGGUGAACCUCCUGACUCUAUCCAGUUCAGUUUCUGAGGACGCAGCCCCUGGCACAGUGAUUGCUCUCUUCAGUCUAAGGGACGAGGACCUCGGUCCCAAUGGUAAGGUCUUUUGUAGCAUGUCCAGUGGAGGCCCUUUUAAGCUGAAGGCUUCUUUUGACAACUACUACAGCUUGCUGACUGAUGGGCCGCUGGACCGGGAGCAGGUCAGCGAAUACCAUGUCCUGAUUACUGCCUCAGAUGGUGGCUCACCCCCACUGAGCACCCGCAGGACAGUGACUGUGUCUGUUGCUGAUGUGAACGACAAUUCACCAAAUUUUGCUCAACCACAACAGGAACUUUUUGUGGCUGAAAACAAUGAUCCUGGGGCCUCUUUAGGCCAUGUUUUUGCCCAGGAUCCGGACCUAGGGGAAAAUGGCCUUGUCUUCUAUGAGCUGUUGGAUAUUAUCUCUGAAAGGCAGACAGCCUCUAGCUUGGUGGCAGUAGAAUCAACCAGUGGGGCUAUCACUGCCAAAAUUUCCUUUGACUUUGAGCAACUCAGGGGGUUUCACUUCCAAGUGGAAGCCCGGGAUGGUGGCAUUCCUCCCAGAAGUGCAGCAGUGACUGUGAACUUAUUUGUGGUAGAUAGGAACGACAAUGCUCCAGUCAUCCUGUUUCCCUUGCCCAGAAAUGGCUCUGUUCCAGUGGAAAUUGUGCCUCGCUCUGCCAGAACUGGACACUUGGUCACAAAAGUGGUAGCAGAGGAUGCAGACAGUGGCUCUAAUGCUUGGCUUUCCUACCAUAUUUUUCAGGCUUCUGACUCUAGCCUCUUCAGAAUUUCAGCCAAUAUGGGAGAACUUCGUACUGCCCGCUUCAUUCUUCCCACUGAUGCAGUUAAACAGAGGGUGGUGGUAGUGGUUCAAGACCAUGGAGACCCCUCACUUUCCUCUUCUGUCACAUUAGGUAUACUGUUGAGCAACUUUGCCCCUCAGGUCCUUCCAGACUUUGAAGAUACCUGGGAAAGAGGAGGCCACCUUUCCACCCAGAACCUGUAUUUAGUAAUUGCCCUGGCCUCUAUUUCCUUUUUAUUUCUGGGGUGCUUACUUUUCUUUGUGUGCAUCAAGGUGAACCAGAGCCCAGCUUGUUGUUCUCAAAGCUGCUGUCGCUCUUCAGAAGAGCUGAGGCAAGGGAGGAAGAUGGCUUCAAAUCCUUGUAUGACAUCAGCCACGAUAGAUGUCACUACAGUUGAGAGACUUUCUCAGACCUAUCUCUAUCGGGCCUCUCUAGGACUUGGUUCUGAUAAUAACAGUUUGCUGUUGUGUGGGGAAUACAGUGCUGCUGACCUGAGAAAUCUGGCUACUGGGGUAGGACUGAAUUUGCCAAUAUCCUGCAUUCACAUUCGGAAUAGGAAAGGGGAUCACGUAAAUGUCAAUGCCAUGCCACGACAGCCCAACCCAGACUGGCGUUACUCUGCUUCCCUAAGAGCAGGAAUGCACAGCUCUGUGCACCUAGAGGAGGCUGGCAUUCUACGGGCUGGGCCAGGAGGGCCUGAUCAGCAGUGGCCAACGGUAUCCAGUGCAACACCAGAACCAGAGGCAGGAGAAGUGUCCCCUCCAGUGGGUGCUGGUGUCAACAGCAACAGCUGGACCUUUAAAUACGGACCAGGCAACCCCAAACAAUCUGGUCCCGGUGAGUUGCCAGACAAAUUCAUUAUCCCAGGAUCUCCUGCAAUCAUCUCCAUCCGGCAGGAGCCUACUAACAGCCAAAUUGACAAAAGUGACUUCAUAACCUUCGGCAAAAAGGAGGAGACCAAGAAAAAGAAGAAAAAGAAGAAGGGUAACAAGACCCAGGAAAAAAAAGAGAAAGGGAACAGCACGACUGACAACAGUGACCAGUGAGGUCAUCUCAUGGAAACAAGCCACUUAGCCAGUUUUUGUAAUAAUGGCAAAUCUCUCCCAUGUAGCAACUCCCCACUCCCUUCUCCUAUCUCCAUGAGCCCUCUCUUAUAGACCUCAGAAAUCUGCAGAAAGUUCCCUGUGUCUGUGUAGAUCACAUUUAAGAGGUUUUGUCUUAAAAGCUUUACUAAGUCUGGUGUUAACUCUUUCUCUCCACUCUGGCUUGUUUUCAGAACCUAAAAAGCAGACCCAAGUUUCCUUUCUCCUCCGCCGCAAAGGAGAAGCUUCCCAGCCCCGCCAGUGAGAGGUUGGACUCUCUGCCCUGUGCUCCGGGGAUCCUGUCUUGAUGACACUUGCAGGGCAGGCUCAAAGGUUUUGAGAUUGAGCAGCUUGGGUGUCUGUGGCCACUGGGUUUGUGUGGUUACCGUGGGCGUGUGAGUGCCAGACAUUGGCUGGGAUGGGCCAGAUGAGACUAGUUGGUGCAAGGAGGGCUGGGAAACAAAGGCAAAGAAACAGUGGGAGUUGCCAAUCCAGGGGGAACGUGAACUAAAAGGGACCAGACUUUCUAAAUCUUACAACUCAAGAGGCAGUGGCCACCCUCUCGCAGACAAAACCACCCCUGCCGACAAGGCUUUGGGCAUCCUCAAGUCUGUUGGCUGUGUUGUCAUUAUCCCUAAAACCUGCAUUACACCUACAAGCCAACAGUUCAGUGUUGAACGGGGCCAACCAGGGCACCAGAAGCAGAUCUGAUGUGUUUGCUGUGCGUCCUUGUGCUCACUUUAUCAAAAAUUCUUUUGCACACAAUGUUUAUGAAAAGGCUAGAUCCUUUUCCAACACAUAUGCAAAAGCAGAAGCGAAAGAAAACCCCAACACCUCACUUUAUGCUGUUUGUUGUUUGAUAGAUUUAUUUAAAAAAGAGAAAAUCUAUGACUAUAAAUCUUUAAAGAGAAAUAUGAUGAGUCCCCCCUCAACUCCUCAAAAGAGAAUCCAGUCUACAGCCAUUUAAAUGAUCAUUGCUGCUACAGAAGUGCUUUAAGAGAAUUGCCUGAAACAUCUGUAUUAUACCGGCCACCUGCCAAUCACAGCUUUACUCUUUCAGGUCACUCUGGGGCUGCCUCUUGCAUGUAUUAAUUACUAAAUAAAAGGAUCUUUCUCUGUCUCUUUUCUAAGAAACAAUUACGUGCACUUUGAAUACACAGUACCUUCUCUAGCCAACUAUAUCAAGACCCCGAAAUUGAAGAAAAAUAAUUGUUUUCUCAUACACACAGUGAGCCGACUUUUCAAUCCUCGAAUUCUGUGAUUUGUCUUGGUGUGCCAGCCCACACCUUCUCUUUGGUUUAGUUUUCCUUUUUUAGAACACUCUGAAUUGCUAAUCUUGCUGACACCUAUGAUGUUACCUGAAAUCAAUCUCCCAUAUGUAUGCUGUAUGCUAUUAUAAGACUCCUGAAAUAUACUUACUCCGUGCUUGUGUAUGUGAAUGUUAAUGCAACUAUACCUAGAGUGAACUUUAAGCUUUAUUGUUGAAUGUAAUUCCAUUAUAUUUCCUUUUGUACACCUGUGAAAAAGUGGAGUAGUGUUUUUUUAACCAUUGUUAAUCAGCUUUUGUGUAUGAAAGACACAGUAAAAUUUCUUUCUUAAAUCAAGACACUGGUGAUUCAAGGAAUUUUAUUUAUGGUCAGCCAAGAGCUGUCUCUUGCCAAGACUCCCUCUGGCAAGGGAAUAGAUAGAGCUGUUUUUUUCUAGUAACAAUUCUGGAAUGAAUACCGUGGUUAUUCCCUGAGGGUAUGCAAGCACAAAAUUUACCAAUCUGACCUCUCUGAAGUCACAGAAUGCUUUGAAAUUAUAAUGACAUCUGGAAUAUCAGCUCAUAGCGAAGAAUAAAAUUUACUGUCACCUUAAAUAAGAAAUUUUAAUUUUGUUAAAAUGUACGAUUUAGAAGUUUAAUUACAUUAUCUUUUAAACGUUAUCAUAAAAGGUAGGAGUCUGUUAUUAAAACAAAAACAUUAAAUCUCAAAAAAAAAAAAAAAAAGCCUGUUCUGUCUGCUUUUAGCUUCAUUCUCCCAUGUUUUGAAGGGUGUGUAACUUCAGCUCUGCAGGAUUGCAUGGGGUAAAACUUGUUGCCAACACAUGUGAACCAUUGCUACAUUGUAGGUUGUGAUCAUUUUGCCCCACUGAAACCCAUGUAUCUGACCUUACGUGCCUUUUGAAUACUAGGAGAAUCGGGCUAAUUUAUUAAUGAUGAUAAUUAUGAUGUAUCUGUACAGCACUUUUUACAUUUGCGAAGUGCUUUCCAGUCCAUGUUAGUUACUAGUUAUUACAGCUGUAAGGAUAAAACACGCCAUGUGGAUUCAUUUUUAAUUGGUGCUAUUGGUAUUUUUUCUGUUAUUGCUAAUAAAUGGAAAAUGGUGGUA